AUGUCUGAAGACCACUACCCAUGGAGCACUAACAGGGACAAAGGCCGGUGCUCUUGGAAAGAAGAAAUCCUGGUUAAGUUCUCAGAUGUUCUUCAAAAAAGUCGCCAAGAUCUUGCAAAUGAAGCCAUUCGGGUGCUUUCCAAAAAUGAAAAUGAACUGAGAAGGCGUUUGCAUGAUAUCCCGGACUCUCUUAUGAUUGACUCUUCUCACUCGAAACUCAAAGGAGAUGUCCUCAGAUCUCUCAGCGCUGAGGAUAGGACUUUAGCAUCUGCACCAGUUCCUGGUGGUGACCUGGAGCGCAGUAAGGAUCUUGAGCUAAUCAUGAAAGAUUUACAUCAUGAUUACCGUAUCCACAAAAAGAGAUUGAAGGAACUAUGGAAAGGCUGGCAUGAAGUUCAGGAGGAAAUUGUCUGCCUUGGCAUCGAGGUGCUGGGCUCAUCUCGCCUUGGCAUAAUCCAAGGCAGCAAGCAGCAUGCACGCAAAAGAAAUCUUCGAGAAAACACGCUGUGCCACAAGUCAUGGGAAGAGCAAAAAGCGGAGCAUCAUUCCUUUAUUCAUAACGAAGCUGGUAAGAUCAAGGAUAUGAGCCGAAAGACCAUUGCCAAAUCGAGGACUCAGGCGAAGGCUUCACGGGUUGAGAAACACAAAUGCUGGAAGAUAGUAGGUGACCUAGCUCGGAAACUGGUCGCAAAGACUAUGCAAUGA